CCCACAUGACACAACCUCCUAGCCAAAACAAAAGGCCGAACUACACUAACCGAUAGCCACAUAAUUAUGAGAAGCUAGAUCCCGCUUUCUCACUGUCAAAAAUGGCAGUCUCUUCACUUUCCCUGAGCUGGGUUUCAACCACUUUAUCCAACAAGUCGAAACUGCUUCAUUCAAAGGAUUUGCAUCGAGGUACUGCAUUUUCUUUGACUAACACCAUCGCAUGCUCAAGAGAGACAGCCUCCGAUGAAGAAAGCAAUUGCAAGAGAAGGCUGCUGCUGUUGAAAAUUGGCAUACUGAGUACAACUUUCCUCCCUGCAAGUUCCCUUUUUGCUGAAGAAAUACCAAAAAAUUAUCGAGCUUUUGUUGACUCUGCAGAUGGGUAUUCCUAUUAUUACCCUGCAGAUUGGAGGGAGUUCGACUUCAGGGCACAUGAUUCUGCGUUUAAGGACCGAUAUAUGCAAUUGCAAAAUGUUAGAGUGAGAUUUAUACCAACAGAGAGAAAAGACAUCCAUGAUAUGGGUCCAAUGGAACAGGUGAUUUUCGAUUUGGUGAAUCAUAUAUAUGCUGCACCGAAUCAAAUAGCUACUAUAUAUGACAUGAAGGAGAAAACCGUUGAUGGGAAAAAUUAUUACACCGUUGAGUUCGAACUUACGUCUCGGAAUUUCUCGACCACUUCCUUCGCAACCAUAGCCAUUGGAAAUGGGAGAUAUUACACGCUGAUUGUCGGAGCAAACAAGAGACGCUGGAAAAGAUAUCGCGACAUGCUUAAAGUGGUAGCAGACUCUUUUAAGGUGCUCGACAUCUGAAAUAAUCAAUCUGAUUAGAGCUGGCAAUCUCGGAUGUGAAAGUCACGAUUUGUUUUCCUUUAUAUUUUUUGUUAGAUGUAUAUACUGAACGAAAAAGCUUUAUACAUAUAAUUAAUUAUUGAUUUGUCGCUA